GGCUUCCACAAGUUGAAUUGAGAGGGAUUGCGCACACAAGGUGCAAUCAUGGUGAGGCCUAGGGGAGGAAAUUCAAAUGACCAGUCCACUCCGGGGUCCUCUAGAAGUGCGGACAGCACUGCAGGACCAUCUCAUGCUCUGACUAAAAGCGAAUUGGAGUCUUUUGUCCCAGAGUUCAACCCAAAGAAAAAUCCUUAUGUCACUGUGGGUGAUUGGUUGUCCGAUGUGGAUUCGGUGGGUGAAAUUUACGCCUGGGACACUCGCAAACGUAUGAUGUAUGCAUCCAUGCAAUUGGGCGGUCCAGCUAAGACAUGGUACCAAAAUAAUAAAGCAAAGUUGACUGAUUGGGAGGUUUUCAAACAGCAGAUCGUGCUCUAUUUCCCAUCCGUCUUGGUACGUUCAGAGUUGCAAAGGAAAUUGAUAAACUUGAAAAAGAAGCCGGACCAAUCCAUGGAGGAGUACUUUCACGAGGCCAUGACAAUUGCAAGCCAGCUCAAACUUGAGGAUGAUAUCGUGAAAGAGCACUUGAUACAAGGUUUGCCGUAUUUUUCCUGGCGUGUGGCUCUAACGAGUGAUAUUUCCCUAGACAUGCCCCAGUUUCUACAAAAGAUGAUACAGAUUGAGAAGGUAGAUAGGGCACAGGGAACUCAGAGAAAGCCGAAGAAGAAUUUCCGUCGGUUCCAGGGAAACAAUGCCAAGAAAGAAUCCAAGUCUGAUUAUCCAUCUGAUUUUAAGAAGGAGGAAAUGGUUCCGAAGCAGGAGUCUACAGUCAGGAAGAGAGCUCGCUCAAGAGAUUCUGUGGAGGAGAGUGAGCCUGUCAGGAAACGAGCCUGUUUCGUCUGUAAAUCAGAGGAGCACUUGGCGAAAUCUUGUCCGAAGAAGAAGGAUUUUCACGUGCCUUUGAAGGAUGUUGAGGUUGAUGGUAAGAAGUUGAAGGCGUUCAUCGACCUCGGAAGUAGCUGCAGCAUUGUUCCCAAAUCCGUCGCAGAAGAAAUGAGUUUCACCAUGGAGCCUGAUAGUUUGAUCAUGAAGGGGUUUGGGGGCAGUCUCAGUAAGUCGCUAGGGAAAAUCCGGAAGGUAGUCAAAGUUGAUGAAUUUGAAAAUGAGAUUGAGUUGCACGUGGUUCCCGAUGAUGUCUUGAAGUACAAAGUUAUGAUAGGGAGUGACUUUUUCGACAAACAGGGAGUUAAGGUUCUCCUAGAUCAAGAAGGGUACCAUAUUUUCACUGUUCCAGAAGAUGACGAUGAGCGAGUCCUGAAGGUUGAAUCUGAGUCUCAGUCACUGAUUGAAAGUCAACUGAAAAUUGAUCAAGAGGCAACAGUGGAAGAUCGGCAAAGGCUAGUGUCUUUAUUGAACAAGUAUCGAAUGUGUUUGGCAUCUGAUAUUUCAGAAUUGGGUCACACUACCUUGGAGACUAUGAAGAUUGUCCUCAAAGAUGACAAGGUGAUUCGACGUGUACCCUACCGCAUUCCACAGGGAAGAGAAGACAUCUUGGACGAAAUCAUCCGUGAUCUUUAA